ACUUCCGGCCGGUGCGGCCUGGCGGCGCGGCCCGUUGUCCCGCAGCCAUGGAGAUGCCGCUGCCGCCCGACGACCAGGAGCUGCGGAAUGUCAUCGACAAGCUGGCGCAGUUCGUGGCGCGGAACGGGCCCGAGUUCGAGAAGAUGACGAUGGAGAAGCAGAAGGAGAACCCCAAAUUCUCCUUCCUCUUCGGGGGCGACUUCUACGGUUACUACAAGUACAAGCUGGCCCUGGAGCAGCAGCAGCUGUUGUGCAAGCAAAGUCAGGAUAUCGAGGCUACCACACAGAUCCAGCCCCUGCCUCAACCGACCCUCCCACCGCCGGCGGCGCCAAUCCCAGCUCCUCAGGGCACUCCUUCCGUGGAGGAGCUGAUCCAGCAGAGUCAGUGGAACCUGCAGCAGCAGGAGCAGCAUCUCCUUGCUAUGAGACAGGAACAAGUCACAUCAGCAGUAGCCCUUGCAAUUGAGCAACAAAUGCAGAAGGUUUUGGAGGAAACCCAAUUAGAUAUGAAUGAAUUUGACAACUUGUUGCAGCCAAUCAUUGACACUUGUACAAAAGAUGCCAUCUCAGCUGGCAAGAACUGGAUGUUCAGCAACGCCAAGUCCCCGGCGCACUGCGAGCUGAUGGCCGGGCACCUGCGCAACCGCAUCACGGCCGACGGGGCUCACUUCGAGCUGCGCCUCCACCUCAUCUACCUGAUCAACGACGUGCUGCACCACUGCCAACGGAAACAAGCACGAGAUCUUCUGGCUGCUUUGCAGAAGGUGGUUGUGCCUAUUUAUUGUACCAGUUUUCUAGCAGUGGAGGAGGAUAAGCAACAGAAAAUUGCCAGACUCCUUCAACUAUGGGAGAAAAAUGGGUACUUUGAUGAGUCAAUCAUUCAGCAGUUACAGAGCCCAGCUCUUGGACUCGGCCAGUACCAGGCCAAUCUGAUCACUGAGUAUGCCACAGUAGUACAGCCUGUACAGGUCGCCUUCCAACAGCAGAUACAGAACCUGAAAACCCAACAUGAAGAGUUUGUUAAUAGUUUAACACAGCAGCAGCAGCAGCAGCAAAUACAAAUCCCACCACUAGAGAACGAGGUGAAAUCAACGCCCCCUCCUCAAGCCCCCACAGCAGCACCAGCCUCUGCUCCACCAUCUGCUCCUGUUACACAAGCAGAUGAUGGUAAAUCUCAGCUGCCUCUCCCUGGAUCUACAGAGUAUGACACAUCAGGGUCUGGAGUGCAGGAUCCUGCCUCUGGUGGCCCACGUGGCCCUGGAUCUCAUGAUCAGAUUCCUCCAAAUAAACCACCCUGGUUUGACCAGCCUCACCCUGUUGCACCGUGGGGUCAGCAACAGGGACCACCUCAUUGUCCUCCCUGGAAUAACAACCACGAGGGAAUGUGGAACGAACAGAGAGAUCAAGGCUGGAACAACCAGCGAGAGACCCCGUGGAACAACCAGCCCGAUCCCUCUUGGAACAACCAGUUUGAAGCCCCGUGGAACAACCAGCAUGAACAACCUCCAUGGGGUGGGGGUCAAAGGGAACCUCCAUUUCGAAUGCAGCGGCCACCUCACUUCAGAGGCCCAUUUCCUCCACAUCAGCAACAUCCCCAAUUCAACCAGCCCCCGCAUCCGCAUAAUUUCAACCGCUUUCCACCUCGCUUCAUGCAGGAUGAUUUUCCACCUCGCCAUCCCUUUGAAAGGCCUCCUUAUCCUCAUCGUUUUGAUUACCCCCAGGGGGAUUUUCCUCAAGAAAUUGGACCUCCUCAUCAUCACCCUGGUCACAGAUUGCCUCACCCUGGAAUCAGUGAGCACCCUCCCUGGGGAGGGCCCCAGCACCCUGAUUUUGGGCCUCCCCCCCAUGGAUUUAACGGGCAGCCUCCUCACAUGCGGCGCCAAGGGCCCCCUCACAUGAACCACGACGAUCCCAGCCUGGUGCCAAAUGUUCCCUACUUUGAUCUUCCUGCUGGACUGAUGGCUCCACUUGUAAAACUUGAAGAUCAUGAGUAUAAACCUUUAGAUCCUAAAGAUAUUCGUCUUCCACCUCCAAUGCCCCCCAGUGAGAGGCUGCUGGCUGCAGUUGAGGCAUUUUAUAGCCCACCAUCUCAUGACAGGCCAAGAAACAGUGAGGGCUGGGAGCAGAAUGGACUGUACGAGUUCUUCAGAGCUAAAAUGAGAGCGAGGCGGAGGAAAGGUCAGGAGAAGAGAAAUAGUGGCCCUUCCCGCUCCCGCAGUCGCUCCAAGAGCCGAGGUCGCUCCUCCUCCCGCUCCAAUUCCCGCUCUUCAAAAUCAUCCGGCUCCUACUCCAGGUCCCGCUCCCGCUCCUGCUCCCGCUCACGAUCCUACUCCCGCUCUCAGUCCAGGAGCCGGAGCAGGUCCCGCUCCUCUCACAGCCGCUCCCGAUCGCGGUCACGGUCGAGAUCCAAAUCCUACUCGCCAGGCAGGCGGCGCCGCUCCCGCUCUCGCAGCCCCACUCCUCCUUCUUCUGCUGGUUUGGGCUCCAGUUCCGGGCCUCCUAUACCAGAGUCAAGACUUGGAGAAGAAAAUAAAGGCCAUCAAAUGCUAGUGAAAAUGGGCUGGAGUGGAUCUGGUGGACUGGGAGCUAAGGAACAAGGAAUUCAGGAUCCAAUUAAAGGAGGGGAUAUCCGAGACAAAUGGGAUCAAUACAAAGGAGUGGGAGUUGCCUUAGAUGACCCUUAUGAAAACUACCGAAGGAAUAAAAGUUACUCGUUCAUCGCACGCAUGAAGGCCAGAGAUGAAUUGAAGCGUGAAACGCAAGACCCUCCACCACCUGAAUAAGACUCUCUGAAGAAAGAUGUCUUGCAUCUCCUACAAAACAUUAAACUUGUAAAAAUCCGGAUUAAAGUCUGGAGGAAGUGACAAAUGAAUUUACUUUUUAAACUCUGGUGAAAAAUGGAAAGCUAUGACAUGUACUUCCACACUUGUCAUUUAGUGUUUUAAAAAAAAAGGCCACUCCUAACUGACAUGUCUAGCAAGUUUAAGAAUUUCCAUUUAUUUUGCAAAAUUUUUUAAUUAGUUACCCAUUUUAUACUAGAAUGAACCCCCAGUCAAGCUAUCCCUGGUGUAGGUUUGUGAUUCAUUCAUUCCUGUGGAAUACAGACAUUAUCUGAUGUGGUUCUAUGUUCUCUAGUUCCAUAAUGUAUGUUUAUUUCUCUCAAAAGGUUAAUUCUAUUUGAAGUGGAGGGGUGCUGCCUUGGGAUCAAGUCAGACUGAUGCUGAGCAGUGUAUCCUAAUGUCUAAAUGGGGAAUGAAGCAUCUAGUUCCAGUACAGGUGACCUCUGAGCACUGUGCAAGCUUGUUAGAACCUACCAUACAACUUAACACCCCUACACACCAGCUGCUGCAGUCACAACUCUGGUCAGAACACGAGGGUUCACUCUUGUAGCUUUUGGAGCGCUCUGAGGGAUGUUCAAUGCUUUGUAAUGGGAGACAUUCUUUAAGCUUUUUAUAUUUUUGUAUAUACCCUUUAAUAAAAGCUAAUUAGUUGAA